AUGGCGUCGACAUCCAAACCUAUGCGCCAACAGGUCGAGGAGUACAUCUCUGACCUCCAGGAGAAAAUCGUUUCGGCUUUCGAGAAGCUCGAACCCGGCUCGCCCUCGUUCAAGCGCGAUGCCUGGACGCGUCAGCAGGGCGGCCGCGGUCUCUCCUGCGUCUUCGCCGUCCCACACCCCUCCACGUCCGAGGCCGCUGCCGCCGCGCAGAACACCGUGCUCGAGAAGGCGGGUGUCAACAUCUCUAUUGUCCACGGUACUCUACCCCCAGCCGCCGUCAAGCAAAUGCGCGCCGAUCACGGCUCUAUGGCGAGCCUCGAGGGCAGUCUCCCGUUCUUCGCGGCCGGCAUCAGCCUUGUCAUCCACCCAAGGAAUCCGCACGCGCCCACCGUGCAUGCCAACUACCGCUACUUUGAAGUGACCGAGCCCGCUGCUCAGGGUGGAGAGGAGGCCACGGCUGCAAGCGCGCAGGGCAAGGUGGUCGCAUGGUGGUUCGGCGGCGGGUCCGACCUCACGCCGUCGUACCUGUACGAGGAGGACGCGCGACACUUCCACGCUACACUCAGGGACGCAUGCGCUCCACAUGGCUCCGCGAUAUACCCAACCUUCAAGAAAUGGUGCGACGAGUAUUUCUUCAUUCCCCAUCGCAACGAGGCUCGCGGCAUCGGGGGGAUCUUCUUCGACGAUCUCUGCGACGAGCAGCACAAGCGAUUCGGCGAUCUGGACGCGCAGCGCCCCCGCACCCCUGACGCGAUCUUUACUCUGCUGCGCAGCCUCGGCGAUGCAUUCGUGCCGUCGUACCUCCCGAUCCUCGAGCGUCGCAUGCGCAUGCCGAGCGACGAGCACGCCCGUCGUUGGCAGCUGCUCCGCCGCGGACGAUAUGUCGAGUUCAAUCUGGUGUACGACCGAGGGACGCGUUUCGGGAUGCUGACACCGGGCGCGCGGAUCGAGAGCGUGCUGAUGAGCUUGCCGGAGACGGCGCGGUGGGAGUACAUGAGCGACCUCGGCGGCGAUGGUGAAGGGAGUGAAGAAGGGAAGAUCAUCGAGGUGCUCCGGAAGCCGCGAGAUUGGGUGUGA